AUGCUUUCGUCAAUAUUUUCCAAGGUAGAAAGCCUUACAGAGAGCCAUUUCUGGUCACCUCAUGAAAACCAUGAUCGUGAAGAUCUGGGAGAAAUUGUAUAUCAAGGGACUUUGAGCAGACAAAAUCCAUCUGGCGGUCUCCGUCUUGAGACUUAUUAUUUAACCAGUAAAAAGCUCAUUUAUUUCCAAAAUUCCAAUGGUCUUACGAAAUACAGCAAUUUGAGCUGAAAGGUGAUCGAGCCUUUUGUUGAAGAAGAAGCCUCACGAAGAUAUGGAUUUUGUAUUUCUUAUGGGAAAAAAUGUAAAUAUUUUUACACUAAGUCAUCUGACGAUCUAGAUAAAUGGCUUAACCAUUUAUCGUUCUCCGCAAUUAUGACAGAUAUAGAAAAUGAUUAUUUGUUCCAAAAACAAAUUGGGACAGGGAGUUUCGCAGCAGUUUAUUUAGCGAAAGAUUUAGAUAGCAAAAAGUCUUUCGCGAUAAAAUCAAUAAAUAAAGUUGUGAUACAAAGAAAUAAAAGAAACUUAGACCAAAUUAUCAGAGAAAUCGAAAUAAUGCGGCAAAUCGACCACCCAAAUAUUGCUAACUCCCCCCCCCCAUCCUUGAUCGAACGAUUGACUGUAAAAAUUCCUAAAAAUUGGGAAAAUUAACCCCCAUCCUUGAUCGAACGAUUUUCAUAUCAUGCAAAUUUUUAUAUAUAUAAAAAUAUAUUAUUUAUCAAAAGCUUGGGAAGAUGUGCAUAAUGAAGUUGUUUUCAGAGGCUUUGAGACGACAGAAAGCUGCGAAAUCAACCAUCCGAAGUGAUUUUUAGUCAUUAACAUAUGCUUAAAAACUCAAUAAUCUAAUAAAAUACAGAUUCUUUAAAAUUUUUUUAAAAAAAAUUAAUUUAAUAAGGAGCAAAUUAAAAUUUAUACAGUUUUAAAGGGGUAACUAAUAAAUCAAAAUAUUAAAAAUUGGUAUUUUAUGAAAUAAAUUAAAUUUUUUGCUGUAAAAAAAAUAAUUAUUAAAUAUUCUUAACCCUCUUAUUUAAAAGUAAAUAAAAAAAAUAUCUAUAUAUUUUUUAUUUAAUAUAUAAAUUUUUUUUCCCGAAAAAUUUUUUUUUUAACCCCCAUCCUUGAUCGAACGAUGGCGAGUCGUUCGAUCAAGGAUGGGGGGGGAGUAAGCUUUAUAAGAUUUAUGAGAGUGAGACUCAUGUCCAUCUGGUCCUCGAAUAUGUUGCGGGAGGCACACUCUUACAGAGGCUAACCACAAAAGGACCAUUUUCAGAAGAAAAAUCGGCAAAAUUCAUAGAGAAAUUUUUGAAGGUUUUGCGGUACCUUUGCCAAAACAACAUUGUACAUAGAGAUAUUAAGCCAGAAAAUAUCUUAAUGACCGAUGAAAAUAAAGACACAAGUUUUAAAUUAAUAGAUUUUGGGCUUGCAUGUGUAUAUACUGGAAAUUUAACCUCUAGCUGUGGAUCGCCAGGCUACGUUGCCCCAGAAAUUUUAAGAAAAAUUCCUUAUGAUCCAAAAGUCGAUGUUUUUAGUGCUGGCAUUAUUUUGUAUAUAAUAUUAUCUGGCAGAGCUCCAUUUUCAGCCGGAUCUCCAAAAGAAACACUAGUAAAAAAUAGAGAGUGCUUCAUAACAUUUUCUGAAAAAUAUUGGGGUAAUGUCUCCAGACAAGCCAUAAAUGUUGUUCUGAGACUUACCCAGCCUAAUCCUUUAUUAAGGCCUACUGCAAAAGAAGCCUUAGCUUAUGAAUGGUUUAGAUGGAAAAGUAAUGAAAACAUGCUCUUAAAAUCUACACCUACAAGCUUUAGCGGCGUUUGGAGCAACUUGCCAACAAAUCCUUCACCUGUAGAUACGAGUAAAAAGGGCUUGUCAUCUAAUAGAAGUGUAAGAAUGUUUCCGUUUCUCGGUGAAAAAAAUCGUAUAAGCAUGAAAAAGUUUAAUAAUCCGAAACUAGCAAAAAAGAUUUCAAUGGAUUUGAGAAGAGAAAUUGAAACUCCAAAGAUCAAAGUAAAAAUACAUUCAUAAUAACCCCCCCCCUCCGAGAGUGAACAAAAACAUUAGAAAAAUCGCUAUUUUUUGCCCAAAAACCCACCCUCCGUGAGCGAACAAAUUUUUUUAAAUGAUAAUUUUUUAUGGAAAAAAAAAAUGUUGAUAUAUAAGUAAUAAUUAAUAUAAUGAAAUCUCUAGCUAAUUCUGUUUAAUUUUAAACAAAUUGCGUUUUAAAACAUAAAUUUUACAAAUUAAAUUAAUAUUUGCUUUCCAAUGUUUAUAGAAGUGAAAUUUUUUUUAAUUUCACAAAAACAAUUUAUAAUAUAAAUUUUUUAACUUCCCUCCGUGAAUAAACAAAAUUUUUUUUGUUCACUCACGGAGGGAGGGGGAGUAA